UCUAGCAUACAGUAGUGUUCAUUUCAGCGGGCAUUUGUUUACAAAAAUAAUUCCAACCGCAAAAAAAUACGGAAAUAUAUAAAACUAUAACAAUGAACCAACGAAAUAGUGAACUCACAACAUUAUUUAUUGCCAGACAACCAAAGCAAAAUUUUCACUAUCGCUAUUUGAGCGAAUUGGGCGAAAACCAUGGAGUUUUAACUGGACAAGAGCAAGAACCAGGAACAUCCACCACCUGGCCGGAAAUUUCUUUGAAACUGCCAUCGAAUGGAUAUAUGGAACAUGAACAUAACAAAAUCUAUUACGUCUUAUGUUCGUUGCACAGCUAUUUGGACAAGCGACCUUCUGCACUGUCAUCGCAUCAGCUAAUGCCCAAAGGGCAAGUGGCAAAUCACAAUUUGAUAUUCCAACAAAUGGAGCAGAAGCAGGAUAGUUGGCAUUGGAAACUGAAAGAUUAUAUAAUAGCGCGUCUUAAAUACGGAGGCACAACAAAAAAUAAAAAAUAUCAAAUCUUCAGAGAUUCGCUAAAACAUAAAAUGGUUUAUUUCAACAACUUGCAACUGCAAGGCUUAACAUUUGAUGAACUGAAUUGCAAUGCGGAUAUCAACGAUGCAAAAGUUUUAGAGAAAAGUGUAAUUUUAAACGUUUGCUUGGGUUUUACGAUUUUCGAAAAAACCAACAACUCAUCAACCUAUAAACUAACUCACAAGACUAUAUACUCCGAUAACAUUUAUGAUGGUGAUGAUUUAAAAAUCAUCAAGCUGUGCAAUACAACGGGCAGUCUAAGCGGCGGUUUAGAUGUAACAUUUCUGAUGAAUGGCCAUGGUGCACACAAAUACAAUGUGCAUAUGUGGUACUGGAACGAGAAAAAAAACCAAAUCGUUUGGGAAAAGAAAAUUGCCAUACAGAAAAAGGACAUUGUUAAAAAUGUCGCAUAUUCUUUUGAUUCGCCCGAUGGGAGAGAACUAAGAAACUGGAUGUCAGGGGCUAACGAAAUCGAAGUUAAGCUGCAGGUUCAAGUUGAUCAAAGUACGUACAAAAGUAAUGCGGUAGGAUUCAAAUAUCGGAAUAAUGAUGCUGCCGGGGAAGAACCGCAACGCAAAAAUCCUCGUAAUGCUGCUGAAGCCAACAACCAAGUUAGUCAAGCAACUUCUGAAGCUGCGGUAUCCGUUGUCAGUGGCCCUGCAGAGAAUCAAGGCAGCAACUAUAAUGCGAAUGUACCCAACGUAACUUCUCAACCAUGCUAUGAGUAUUCUAACCAGACUUACCCCAUCGCAGAUCAAGCCAACGGCAGUAGUUAUCAAACUAGUCAAACAAAUAAUGAAGCUGUGAGCAGCAGUUAUAGCAAUGCAAAUGAUGGAGAAGCGUUGCAUAUGGAAAACACCACAGGAAAUCUACAUGCAGCACUUUUAGAAACAAAUUUGCCAUCCAUAUGGGUCGUUAAUCCCAACGAAAUUCAUUCAUCCACAAACGCCAACACCAACAACUAUACACAGCAACCAACUGAAAUGGACACCAACCAAGCUAGGUGCUUUUUGGAUAGCAUUGCAACGAAUCAAUGCUUUGCAUCGGGACCUACGAAUGCAAAUUAUAAUAAUCAGCAUGUGGAGCAAGGGUGGGGCAAAGGAUAUUGGACUUCCGAUUACUGGAAAUCGUCUGGGAAUGAAUUUGAAACUGAUGGCAUCAGCGACAAUGAACAAAUUGAAGAAACUGUCUACGUCUCACGCAAUGGCAUUUUUGCUGAAAAACCGACAUCUCCAGAACCGGUUAAGAAACCCCAACAAAAGCGCGAUAUUGACGUGGCAACAAAGAAACUAAAGGAGCUGGAAACCAUGGGAUCUGAUAACAACAUCUUGGAUGAAAUCAUUACGAAUGAGGAAUUGCUUUUGGCUGUCUGUAGGAAAACGAAAGAUUCCACCACAAAUAAAGAACUCGUUCUCAGGGUCCAUAACAAGAUCCAACAGAAUCUAUUACAUCGCGCCUGCUUUCGUAACAGAGCAAAUGCUAUAAAACCCUUAGUGGGCAUGGGAUUUGGUCUACACGAACAAGAUGUAGAAGGUCGCACACCUCUUCAUUUGGCCCUGGAGUAUGGUCACACUGAAUGCAUUUCGCAGUUGCAGCUUCUAAUGAAGAAGGAGAAUUACACAAAGUAUUCUGAGGAUGUGCUAAGGACGAUGAUAAAAAUGUUCCAAGUCCAUGAUAAUUAUGGUCGCACCGUACUUCAUGCAGCGGUUAGGGCAAAUAAUUUUGAUCUUUUUGAGACUAUGUUGACAUUUGGCCACCACAAUGUUGUGGACAUUGCCCGCUAUGAAGUUCUGGGCACUGGAAAAUCUGUGGUCCAUUUGAUAGCAGAGCAAAAUUUGUUAGAUUGGAUUCCAUUGGUCCGCAAAUACAUUCCCCGGUAUUUGGAAUUGGAAAAUUAUGCUGGCAACACUGUCUUAGAUCUACAGGAUUUAACUAUGGAAAUAAAGAAAGCCUUGACUGAAAGAUGCCGAAGCAAGUGAAAUAGAGCAGCUAAGCGAAAAACUGGAAUCAUUGAAAAAAAGAACUCAGAAUAACGUAGAGCAUAAUAGGACAGAAAGUUAAGAAAACAAAAAAUAAAGUAAAGUGUAGUCAUUUCCCUUGUAGCAAAUUUUUCGCUUUUUUGAUCUUUUUGAUAAUUUUUAAAUGAGUUUAAUCGAGGCCUCAUAAUUAUGGAAGUUAACAUUCACUAAACAUUCACUAGCUGACUAUGUGAAAAUACCCUGUGCGUGGAAAUAGGAUACAUUUGUUUUGUAUUUGUUGUACUUAGCUAUUCAGCAUUGUAUGGAUUUAGGAUUUUAAGCAUGUA